UAUAAGAAACACACAAAGUCUGAGUUGUCGACGAAUCGUGCUCAGCCUCGCUGUCUUCCUUCCAUGCUGACACCCUGCACACGUUUCUGGGCGAGGAAACCGUGGACGGCCGCAGUAAACGCGGGUUCGCUGCAGAAGAUCCAGGGAGAGGAGCCUGUUUGCAUUUCCCUGCAGGUGCAAAACAAUGGAGGUGAAGAUCGAAACGCAGGACAAAGACAUCACUUUCAGCAGCGCUGACACUAAUGGUAAACGCCCAGCUGAGGACAUGGACGAAGAACAUGCCUUCAAACGCUCUCGCAACACAGAUGAGAUGGUGGAGCUGCGUGUGCUGCUUCAGAGCAAAAAUGCUGGUGCUGUUAUUGGAAAAGGUGGAAAAAACAUAAAAGCUCUACGCACAGACUUCAAUGCGAGUGUAUCAGUCCCAGACAGCAGUGGCCCAGAGCGGAUCCUGAGUGUGAACGCCAGCAUCGACACUAUUGGAGAGAUUCUGCUGAAGAUUAUCCCAACUCUAGAAGAGUACCAGCAUUACAGUGGGAUAGAUUUUGACUGUGAGCUUCGCCUGCUGAUCCAUCAGAGCUUGGCAGGGGGCAUCAUCGGAGUAAAAGGUGCCAAGAUAAAGGAGCUGAGAGAGAACACGCAGACCACCAUCAAGCUGUUCCAGGAGUGCUGUCCUCACUCCACUGACAGAGUCGUGUUGGUGGGAGGAAAACCAGAACGUGUCGUUGAAUGUAUCAAAGUUAUCCUGGAGCUGGUGUCAGAGGCUCCCAUUAAAGGUCGGGCCCAGCCCUAUGACCCUAACUUCUACGACGAGACGUACGACUACGGUGGUUUCACCAUGCUGUUCGAGGAGAGAGGCAGACGACCCAUGGGUGGCUUCCCAAUCCGUGUGCGUGGAGGCUUCGAGCGCUUGCCCCCUGUCCGUGGCAGCAGACCCCUACCUCCAUCCAGAAGGGACUAUGACGACUUGAGCCCCCGACGGGGUCCUCCUCCACCGCUGGGGCGAGGGGGGCGAGGAGGCAGCCGGGCACGUAAUCUUCCUCUUCCCCCGCCACCGCCACCAAGAGGAGGUGGAGACCGGUUCUCGCACGGCAGCUAUCAUAGCAGCAUGGACGACAGACCGAGUGACAGAAGAGGCAGAGGCGACCGCUACGACAGCCUGAGCGGAGGCGGAUAUGACAACAACUCUUCCUGGGAGCACUUUCAGUCCGGCGGCCGAGGCUCGUAUAGUGAUAUAGGCGGUCCAGUCAUCACAACACAAGUCACCAUACCUAAAGAUCUGGCUGGCUCCAUCAUCGGUAAGGGUGGCCAGAGGAUCAAGCAGAUCCGUCACGAGUCCGGGGCAUCCAUCAAGAUUGAUGAACCACUAGAGGGCUCUGAGGACCGCAUCAUCACCAUCACAGGAACACAGGACCAGAUCCAGAACGCCCAGUACCUGCUGCAGAACAGCGUGAGGCAGUACUCUGGUCGGUUCUUCUGAGGAGGACGGAGGAAGUCAAGGAGAAGAUUGAAGCCAUGCUGCCAAACUGUUUGCUCCUUCUAUUCAGAGCCUACAUUCCUCCACCCUCUCCCCGACAUAUCGAACUCUACUCCAGUAAACGGCUGUUCUAAUUCUGAGGAGUUUUUAAGAGAAAUGUUAAGCUGCCAAACAUCCAAGGAGGAUUCAGCAUCACUUUUCUGUGCCGGUGUAUUUAAUUUUUGGGACAUUCUCGUGCUGAGUAAACGCAUCAGUGUGAUAAGUUUUGGUGUUGUGAGCCACCCUUGGUCCUUAUCUCCCAUAUUUCAGAACAGCAUGCUGAAUGUAAGCGUUUUGUAAGGAACUUUGUGAUUUUCUUCUUUUGUAAUUCUCAAAGGUUGAAGCAUCAGAGGUGGGCACUGUUGAUAGAAAUGCACUAACAAAGGCAGUUCUUUCAAAUCUGUUCAAAAACGAAAGAAGUAAAUGUUAACAUUAAUGUUAGAACCUGUUCAAAGUCCAGUGGUCUCCUCUCCCUCAUCAUGAUUACUUGCACAGCUUCUGUGUUGUAAAUAUCUUAACAUAGGUUGCUAGAAAGUUGUGGUUUAGAGCAUUUCAAGGUCCAAGCAACACAGCAGCCAUAAACUACGUAUCCAAACAAAGAUUUAUAGCCACAUAAUUCACCACCUGAAGCUUGACUGUCCAAAUCCAGAAACAGAUCUAACCCAAACACCCACUUCAAAAAUACAAACUUUUUUGGAAUUCAAAAGUGUGUUACUAGGGUGUUACUUCUUUAAGGUCAAGCAGCUUUUCACAAUAAAAGCACCAAAAGCAGAAAUGGGUAUUACAGCUGGUUAUUCAGUAAGCGUUCCAAAGUACAGAAGGCUGUUUGCUGCUUGCUUAGAAAAUUAUGUUAACUAAAACUGAAAUCAACAAAAGAUAAAGGUUUAACUUUUUUUUUUUAAAAUGAUAUCCAUAUUAAUGAUUGAUGAAAACAGAACGCUGAUAAUUAACGGAUUAUCACGACACAUUUCAUAAAUGAUAAACAUGAUAGAUUGCUUUAAAAUGCAUGUAAUCAAAUGUAACCCCUUAAAGCCGAUUGUAUCACAUUUGAUGCAUACUUUUAUUAGGCCUUGAUUGAUCAACAAAACAAAUAAAUUACUUCAAACCCUUUUAAAUGCAAUCAGAUAAAUGAUAAAAAAAAAUGCCCUUCAGUAGAUUAUACCCCGCCAAAAAUGCCUGAUGUAUCAAAUGUGAUAUAAAAAUUUUAUGUGAAAUUUUAUGGCAAUUUUUCCUUCUUUGGAUUUUGGUAGAAGGUUAAAUAAACAUUUCAGUUCCAAAAAAAUAGUUUUUUUAGAUUUCAAAUCAGGAGAUACUAGGCUUUUCAUUUCUGUACUGCUUUUUAUUUUGAAUUUUUCCCCUUUAAUACACUAAAAGCUGUACCAGCUGUCACAGAUAGUUCUAAAUAACAGUAGAUGAACCAAACUAUUAGCUGCACUAAUGCUCGAUAAAAUAGUAAUGGUAAAUUAGUGAAACCCAGAGUUAUAAAUCUGUGACCUUGUUCCCUUCUUUUAUCAAUGAAGUGAACUCCUCCUGAACUGUAAUCCCAAAACAGGGGUAUGAAAUGAACCGUUACACCCCUACUGGUCAGUGAUACCUGGUAAAUUCAUCAUGUUAGCUCAAAAACUGCAUUUCCCAUCAUACCUAGGUAGUUAUUUCUCUACCUUUUUGUUAAAAAGAUUGCGUUUUCUUUCUUCCAUAAGAAAUCGAUCUGUGCAUUUCAUCCUGAAGAAUUUUCAAACAGCAUCAUGGGUUUGGUGAUCAGAAUAUAACCAACAAGUUCAUAACUUUUUGUUUCAUUUAUGUAGUGAUUUAUUUUCCUGUGACGAGGUUUCUCAAAAAAAUUUUGGUCAUCACAGGUUUGUUAUGUUCAGAUAGAUUUUUAUUUUUGUUAUUGUUUGAUUUUUGUGAUAUUCCAGUAAUUGGCCACAUUAUUUGGAGAAAACCAAAGGGUUCUUUUUAGGAAUAUUUAUCACAAGAAACUGUUCUUUUAUUCUUCAGACUCUAAAGUUGUUUUCUUUUUUUCUUUGAUGAGGGUAAGAGGGUAUUUUAAUCUCUACAAAAUAAGUGACUAAUGUUUAUCUGUAGAUCAGGAAAUAGUUUCCUUAUCUCACGAAAUAGAAGCAUAUUUUUCCGUGAUGGUUGAGGAAUUAUUCAAUUUUCCAUUAUCCAUAUAACAGCAUCAUGUUAACUCCAAGAGUGACCAUUCUCAGCUUUAACAUUAUUGAACAUAUUUAGGAAAUGUUCUUUUUUACACAACAUUCACCAAAUGAAGUGCUUCUUUGUAAGACGGGCUUUAAUGGAGUAGUUUGACAUUUUGGGAAAUAUGAAAUACCCUUUAGAAGGUCACUAAAAAAAAGUACGACUGAUCCUCUCAUUUGGGUAGCGAGCAAACUCCUCAAAAAAAUGUUUCCCAAAAUAUCAUUCUCUUGCUUUAAAUUUGAACAGACGUGCCAGUGUGAAACAGCCAAAAGAACAUUUAAGGAUUUUUGUGUUUUUCAUUGAAAUACAAAGAGUUGUAUAAAGUGUGUGUAUAUAUUUGCAUAGAAAUCGUAGUUUCAUUAGUGGUUGGAUCGGCCGAGAACACUUUCUGUUUUCUUCUAAAGAGAUGGUGCCAUCGAGAGAGAUUUGUACGGAAGCCCGAAGCAGACACGCAUCCAUACAUUGAAUUUAGCAGAUUUUAUUUCCGUGUGUUCUCUGGAUAAGAACACUGCUGUUCCUGUGAGGAGGAAUUAGUUUCAUGAUCUCCAGGAAAUGACUGAAACACAUUUUUCAGAAAGGGAAAGGCAGUGUUGUGAUCCUAUAACUAAAUCAUAAAGCCAAAAGCUUGGGAAAAUAACUAAAAUUUACUUGUCUCUGGAAAGCAGUCCUCUUUCUUUGCAAGUGUAGUGCUUUAACUUAUAAAAAUGUCAUUUGAAAAAGCAAUCUUACAGAAUUAUGGAGAUAGUGAUCUCUUAAUUAGAGGAAAAAAUGCAUAAAAAACAUGCUGCAUUUUCUAAAUGAAUGAUUAGUCUCAUUGUUGAAAAAACAAAAAAUAUUUUCUUUGUAUUUUUUUCUGGUGAUAAUGAGAUGCCAGUUCAUUAAUCUGGAGGACCAUAAAGACUAAAAUUCAAGGGCUUUUUAAAGACUAAAAUGUUUUUGAAUUUUCUAAAACUAUGAAGGAUAAGAUGUGACUACAACUAAAAAACAGUUACUUUAAAGACUAAAUACUAAAUUUAAAAAAGGCUGCCAAAAUAUUCACUGGUAAGAAGUGCAUUUUUGAGGAUUAUAGUGUGUUAUAAAGCUGAUUUAAAGAUUUAAAAAUCAUCUUGUUAAGCCACCCUGAUGUAGAGAAACUGGUUAUUAUUUUCUCAAGUGAAUGCAACAUGAUUGGUGUCUUUGGGCUUCCGUAGAUCUGUUUUUUUCUGUCUAUAUUAGGGAGGGGUCAUGCUGCAGAAUGCAUUUUUCUCAUGACAACUCUCACAGACUGUUCAUCCGAGAUGCUGCAUAUCAAAGGAACGGCCGUAAUUUGCCCGUACAACUUAUUUCCAGUCUUUAAAAAAUUUGGCUCUAUUCAUAGACAAUGUCUGGCAGUUACUUUCAUGAAAUAAGCUCAUUGUAACUAUUAAAACCAAGAAACAUUUCACUGAGAAAACUGAGAAAAAGGUCGGAGGUCUAAUCUGGGAUUAAAUUAUGUGUAGAAGUGGUUUAGAACUAGUUACAUGAGUGGUGGCUCGCUGUAGCUAAAGCUAACAUAGCCAAACUACCUAUAUAAUUAAAGUUACUACAUAAGCUAAUCUAGCUAUGUUAGCUUCAGCAUCAUGAGCUUAAGCAAAAAGAUAGCUAAAGCUAACCUAGCUAUGUAAAGAAUUUUAUAUUAAUGCUUUGUGAGUUUAGCUA